GCCUGCCUCUGUGAAAAUAUCGAGGCAGGCUUCUACCAACACUUCUGUGAUGCUGGGUGUGAAACACGUGUUGUUUAUAACUCAAGAAAAGGAAGUAGAUAACAAAAGCCCCAGGUCAUGCCUCUAAAUGGGUUUGUGUGAUCUUAUGGUGCAACCAUGACAAGAACAGCACUGACCAAACUCCUCAUCCUCGUGAUCCUCACCUUUAUCAUCUGCCUCCCUGAUUUCUUCACAUUGUACAGAGUAUCAAAAGUGAACUUCCUCUGCCUGCCCUACCGAUGCUGUGAGGGAGGGAAUCAGGUGAAGAAGGGGGGGGAAAAAUGGGGAUGCUGAAAUUACAAGAAAGUGUGUGUGUGCCCCUUCACCGACUCCAGAAAGUGACGGGUUCGAGCAAGAUUGCACAACAGAGCAUCAGAGCAACACAACAGAUUCGGGGUCCAGGAAAGCUGCCAGAGACCCAGAACAGAGCUGCUUCAUGUGUGAAACAGAUAUUGACAUUGCACAAUUACACAGAAACAGCUCAUCUUCAGCUCUAAAAAUACAUUUGGAGGUGUCAGUGGAGCUUCAACUUGGGGAUGCAGUGACCCUGAAUCUCACCUUAUAUGGCCAGACUAAUCACAGCUCCUUACACCUCUAUCCACCUGAGGAGGAUGACAACAAACAGGAGGAGGAGGAGGAGGAGGAUAAAGAAGGACAGGGGAAGGCAUUUUACUGCUGCCUCCCUGCCCUUCCCAUCUCGGAGUCAGCCAAUCAAAGCCACUGUCUCCUUUGGCUCGCCAAUCAAACAGUUUUGACUGCAACAGCAAAGGAAAAGCUGCCAUGGAAACGGACAGAGAAAGAUGAGUGGCAGUGUCUGUUCAGGGUGCUCUGGCUGGCUCUGGUUAGUGUGGGGCUGCUCACUAUAGUCAUAACUGUGCUCGGACGAAUCUACUGGCGAAGGAACUCAUGCCAAAAGUCCAAGGUGCAUCCUGUUGGUUAUGAUGUCGCUGGCCAGGGGUUGAAGGAUGGUGAGAUGCACACAGAAAUCAUCAUUCCCAAAGGACUUUCAACAAUUCCAGAAGUUGACACGCAGGAUAAUGAUGACAUCCUGCUGGAUGGUAACAGUGAGCACUGCUAUACAGCAAAUCUGCAUCAUCGCAACCAUCCCUUCAUCUCCUCGUUAUCAGAGGAGCAGACCUGGUGACAGAGGGGCAGCCAGAGCAGCUGACUUGUCCUCGACUUUGACUUACUGACUUUGAGUGGUGGACAAAAAUAAAAAAUACAACUUUACUCACCAGCUACCUUAAAGGUAAAAAUGAAAUAAAAACAUCUGAGACACAUGAA